AUGGAGAUGCCAAGCAUGGGUUCAUGCUUGUUAUGGCCACUUAUCUUCCAAGUAAUUCACCUUUCUUUAUCCUCUUCAUUACCCAUAGGAAAUGAGACAGAUAGGCUCUCCCUGCUAGCUUUCAAGGAUCAAAUCGAAGCCGAUCCCCUCGGAACACUAAGCUCAUGGAAUGAUUCCUCGCACUUCUGUGAGUGGUCGGGUGUUACGUGUGGACGCGGGCAUCAGCGAGUGGUAGGGCUUGACCUAAAUUCAUGCAAACUGGUGGGCAGCCUAUCUCCCCACAUUGGCAACUUGAGUUUUCUCAGGAUACUCAACCUGAAUAACAACAGUUUCAGCCACACCAUCCCUCAAGAAAUAGGUCGUUUAUUUCGGCUACAGAAGUUGCUCCUUCGGAACAACACAUUCACCGGAGAAAUCCCUGUCAACAUCUCACGGUGCUCUAAUCUAUUACACCUUUAUUUAGGAGGCAACGAACUUACUGGAGGACUUCCUGGAGAACUUGGAUCGUUAUCAAAGAUGCAGUGGUUUGUAUUUGAAAUUAAUAAUCUAGUGGCUGAGAUACCACUCUCUUUCGGAAAUUUGUCAUCCGUAGAGGCGAUUUUUGGGGUGGCUAAUAAUCUGCGAGGAGGUAUUCCAAAGAACUUUGGGCAGCUGAAAAGAUUAAAAAAUCUCGUUUUUAAUAUAAAUAAUCUGAGCGGAACAAUUCCACCCUCCAUAUACAAUCUCUCCUCUCUUACUACACUCUCUGUGUCAUCUAACCAACUUCAUGGAAGUCUUCAUCCUGACUUAGGCCUAACUCUUCCCAAUCUCGGAACGCUUGGACUUCACACCAAUCACUUUAGCGGGCUCAUUCCAGCAUCACUGUUCAAUGCCUCAAAAAUUACCGUUAUUGAUCUUUCAAGCAACAAAUUCACCGGGAAAGUGCCAGAUCUAGGACACAUGCCGAAGCUACGAAGGCUGGUAUUUCAAACUAAUGAUCUUGGAAACAAUGAGGACGACGACCUGGGUUUUCUCCACCCCCUUGCCAACAACACUAAUUUGCAAGUAUUGGGGAUAAAUGGUAACAAUUUAGGAGGGGCGCUGCCAGAAAAAAUUAGCAACUUCUCAAUAAAGCUCAUACACAUGACAUUUGGAGGAAAUCAAAUACGUGGUAUCAUUCCAACUGAUAUUGGAAACCUCGUCAACCUCCAGACGUUGGGUUUGGAGAUGAAUCAGUUGACUGGAACUAUACCAAGUUCUAUCGGUAAACUUCGAAAUUUACGUGUUUUGUCUCUUCAUUCAAAUAAAAUCUCAGGGAUAAUCCCAUCUUCUCUGGGAAAUAUUACUUCAUUGAUCAAUCUUGAGUUAUAUGCAAAUAAUUUACAUGGAAGCAUUCCAUCAAGUCUUGAAAAUUGCCAGAACUUGUUGUCCUUACUCCUGUCCCGGAAUAACUUGAGCGGUCCCAUACCGAAAGAACUAAUGCGUAUUUCAUCUUUAUCAAGGUCUUUAGACCUAUCUGAAAAUCAGUUGACGGGUUCCCUUCCAAUGGAAGUGGAUAAGUUGGUGAAUCUUGGAUAUCUCACUGUUUCGUAUAACAGGUUAUCUGGUGAAAUCCCCAGAACACUUGGAAGCUGUGUGAGUUUGGAAUAUUUGUAUUUGGCUGAUAACUCUUUCCAUGGGUCCAUUCCCGAGUCGUUGAGUUCUUUGAGAGCACUUCAAGUUCUUUAUCUCUCCCGCAACAACUUGACAGGAAAAAUUCCCAAGUCUUUGGGAGAAUUUAAGUUGCUGACAAUUUUGGAUCUUUCAUUUAAUGACCUUGAAGGUGAGGUGCCUGUACAAGGGGUCUUUGCUAAUGCGAGUGGAUUUUCAGUCUUGGGAAACGAGGAGCUUUGUGGAGGAAUACCUCAGCUGAAUCUGUCCAGAUGCACAUCCAAGAAGUCAAAACAGCUGACAUCUUCUAGCAGGCUGAAAUUUAUAAUUGCAAUUCCUUGUGGCUUUGUUGGAAUUAUCUUGCUUCUCUUACUUUUCAUUUUCUUGAGAGAAAAGAAAAGUAGGCCAGCUUCAGUCCCAUGGGAGAGCACAUUUCAGCGAGUAGCCUACGAAGACCUGCUUCAAGCAACCAACGGGUUCUCCGCUGCCAAUUUAAUUGGUUCAGGUAGUUUUGGAUCUGUGUAUAAAGGAAUCCUCAAGACAGAUGGAGCAGCUGUUGCAACUGUUGCGGUGAAAGUAUUCAACCUGCUACGUGAAGGAGUUUCCAAGAGUUUCAUGGCGGAAUGUGCAGCCUUGGUAAACAUCAGGCACCGAAAUCUUGUAAAAGUUUUAACAGCAUGUUCUGGCAUUGAUUUUCAAGGUAAUGAUUUUAAAGCUCUAGUUUAUGAGUUCAUGGUGAACGGGAGUCUAGAAGAGUGGUUGCAUCCUGUUCGAAUAUCUGACGAGGCACACAGGCGAAGAGAUUUGAGUCUCCUUCAGCGGUUGAACAUCGCAAUUGACGUGGCUAGUGCACUUGAUUAUUUGCACAACCAUUGCCAGAUUGCCGUUGUUCAUUGCGAUCUGAAGCCAAGCAAUGUCCUUCUGGAUGGUGAUCUGACUGCUCAUGUUGGUGACUUUGGAUUAGCAAGGCUCCUCACACAAGCUUCCCAUCAGCCCGGUUUGGAUCGGACAAGCUCCAUUGGUUUAGAAGGCACCAUUGGCUACGCAGCCCCAGAGUAUGGCAUGGGAAGCGAGGUAUCGACUUUCGGGGAUGUGUACAGCUAUGGAAUCUUGCUGCUGGAGAUGUUUACAGGAAAGAGACCUACAGAUACCAUGUUUAAAGAUGAGAUGAAUCUUCACAACUUCGCUAAGAUGGCUUCGCCGAAUUGCGUGACAGAGAUAUUGGACCCAGCACUUGUGAGAGAAGCUGGGGAAACAAGUGCUGAUCACGCCUCUACCUCAAGUGCAAGAAACCAUAACGGGACUGAGAAAAUGGAGUGUUUGGUUUUAAUUAUUAAGGUAGGAGUUGCUUGCGCUGUAGAAUCACCAAGAGAGAGGAUAAAUAUUAGCAAUGUUGCAACUGAAUUGUAUCGGAUUAGGAAGAUUCUUCUCGGAACUGGGAGGCAUGGACGCCUCACUUGGUGAAAUUAUUGUUGCAUCGGAAGGUAAUUAACGUUCUUUCAUCCAAUUAUUUUGUGCUUUCGUUCUGCGUUAUUUUCUAUAGAUAAAUUUUCACUGUCAAACACUACCUCAAAUAAAUUUAAUUCAUAGAUAAAAUGUGUCGUCUCUUCUCUUGAAAUGAGGAUUUGUAAUUUGUGAUGCAAUGAUUUGAAAUAAAUAUUAUUUCCUUUUGCUUUGAA